AUGUGUUUCUUGGCUCAGGAGAACUACAUCAACCUCCCGGGCCUGCUCUUCUCCUGCAAGUACAAAGUCACCGUUCAUAUGCUCAAGUCCAAGAGGCGCGCCAAGGACGAGAGCACCACCUUUCUCACCCCGUCCUGCUCCACCAUAAGGAACAAGAACCACAAACACAUCCCCUGUCCUGGGGAGGGAGGUGAGUCAGCUGCUCAGUACAACCAGAUCAUGUUAUGCUGAUACGCUGAUUCUCAUUUAACAUUAUGUGUCUGACUACAAGGCUCUCCACACGCUUGUUGAAAGAGGCUUCUUCUCAUGUUAUGGUACAAGUAGACAAUUGCCUUUUUUGAUUUACUGUGACAAAUUUCUUACCACACCAUACCAUUUUUAUUAUGCCAAGAACACAUAUCCAUCAGACGAGUAUUUUUCAACAUAUUUAUUCCCAUCUCUCUCUGCAGCCCCAGUUCUCAAAGUGUUGGCUAAGCCGGAGAAUCUGACGGCAUCCUUCUCCAUCCACGAGGGAAAACAUCACGGGCAACUUCCUGUGGCGGGUGUCACGGUUCCUGGCCCAUCAACGAAUCACAGGCUUUCAGGUCACCUGGGCAGAGGUCACCACAGAGAGCCGACAAAACAGCCUGCCCAACAGCAUCAUCUCCCAGUCGCAGAUCCUGCCUCCAGUAAGUCUAUUAAAUUAAAUUAUAUUCAAAUAAAACUAUUGUUCCUGUGACGGAACUUCUUAUUUGGAAAGUUACAUGCAGUCCCUUCAGAGUAGGUUAUACCAGGACAUAGCUCUUUGCUUUUGCUGUAGGACACAAAAGAUUAGCAAGGAAGGGAUAUAUUGUAUUUUUCCCAAGCGAAUGAAUAAGCGCUAUCUUCAGCAUUUCAUUAUACAACGCCUGCCAGGAGUGGAGGUAUUUUAAGGAUACAACUGUGUUGCUCUCUUUACAUGAAUAACCAGAUAAGCAGUGGUGGGCAGAGAGACAGAGCGAGAUCUGAGGGAGGGGCGUUGUGUCCCGUUAGAAGUUCUCCUCCUCCUGUGUAUCAUCUACCUUCCCUGCUUCCUCUUUCAUCCUGCGUGACCGCGCUGAAAAACCCACUGUUUUACAUCAUCUAUCAACAACACGUUCUGUCUGUCUUCUCCGCCCAGCGAGCUGCUAGCAGCUCUGAAAAUAAAAACACCCAUCGCUACACUCAGUUUAUCAGGAAGGGAAAGAGAGAAAACAGGAUAUAUCUUUAUUUACCUGAAUAGAGAGCAGAGGGUAGAUGGGAUAUAGCCCAAGUUUACCCAACAUCUAAUUCAACAUGUUAACAUCAGAAGGGACUAACACUCUAGACUUCUAUGUGAAAAAAAGGAUCUGGGGAACAGAACGGUUUACUACCUUGAAUUCCAAACAAGGUGAAUGCAAUGAACAACAGUCUGUAUGUGAGAAAGGUGUUCAGACAGUCUUGGAGGACAAAUCGAAGUUGAUACAACAUUGCUGUUCAAAUCCUUUACAAUUGUAGAAAAGGUUUCACCCCCCAAAAAAACGUCUUCUUUAGUGUGGGUUUUUAUGAAAAAUAAGCAAUUUUCUAUCAGCUUCGAUUUGUCCUUGGAAGUGGCUGAAUACCUCUCACAUACCGAGUGUUAUGUGAAAUAAUGUUUUCUACAGUGGCACCAACGAUGGUUAAUUGUCUUUUCUUGUGCUGUUAACCCUGUCAGGACCAUAAUCUGCUGGUGGUGUCCAACCUGCGAUCAGCCACGUACUACAGACUGGAGGUCCAGGUGAUAACGUCAGGAGGGGAGGGUCCUGCCACCGUCAAGACCUUCCAGACCCCCAGUGUGUUACCAGUCCUGCAACACCGUAAGUACCAACUCACUGACCACUGAUCACAGCUGUUGCUCUCCUCUAGUUAACCACCAGGCUGUGUCCAGGUGGUCUUAAUACCGUAGCUCAUUGGAGCGUAUCUGUGACUCUUCAGUGACAUCUUUUGAGGUCAUCUGAUGAGUAUAUUCCUUACAUGAGCACAUAAUACUUUUGAUCAUUAUUCUGAACUUUCAUUAGGAACUGAUAUUGACAUGUUUUUUGUGCUUUGUAGGACCCAGACUCAGGCAGCACCAUCCACACCAGAAGCCCUCAGCAGAGAGACAUUGAGACCCCUUGGCCCAUCAGACCCAGUGUGGCCAGAAUCAAUGUCUCACAGCACCUUCACCCAGGGAGGGAAUUCGGUGUGGAACCAAACAGCAACACAGCAAACACAGCAGACCAUGAACUUUGA